AUGUCCGCGUCCUCCUCCCCCUUCCCGUUCACCUCCUCAUGGAAGAUGAACGCUCUCGGUUUCGGCUUUCCCUCGCCGGCGUCGAAAUUCCUCCCCUUCAGGCAGGGGAGUUAUCGAACACCCAAUCUCCUCCGCAAAAAGUGGCACCGGCCUCGCCGUAUCCUCGAUCCUGGUGGCGAUGUCGUCCUCAAAUGGAACCGUAUCUUCCUCAUCUCCUGCCUCGUCGCACUCUUCCUCGAUCCCCUCUACUUCUAUCUAAUGUUCAUCGGCGGUCCCUCCUGCAUGCGGAUUGAUCAGGGCAUCGGCAUUAUUGUUACCUUCUUUCGCACGGUAGCUGACUUAUUUUAUCUCGCUCACAUGCUUCUGAAGUUUCGCACGGCCUUUGUUGCGCCUAGCUCCAGGGUUUUCGGGAGGGGUGAUCUUGUGAAAGACCCCCAUCAGAUCGCCAUGAGAUACCUCAAAGGGGAUUUUUUCAUCGAUCUUGCUGCAAUGCUUCCGAUUCCUCAGAUACUAAUAUGGUUUGUAAUACCGGCAGUGAGUAGCUCAUCAGCCAAUCACACCAACAACACACUGUCAAUGAUUGUCUUCAUCCAGUACAUUCCAAGGUUGUUUCUUAUAUUUCCUCUUAAUUCACGGAUCGUCAAAGCCACCGGAGUUGUUACGAAAACUGCAUGGGCAGGAGCUGCGUACAAUCUUCUCCUAUAUAUGCUUGCGAGCCAUGUUUUAGGUGCUUUAUGGUAUCUUUUAUCAAUGGAACGCCAAUAUACUUGCUGGUUGACAGAAUGCAUGAAAGAGAAUGGCACCAUGAAGAUGCCACUGUGCAAUCCAAGUUUUCUGGACUGUAAUAGUCUUAAUCUACCUGAGCGAAAAGCCUGGAUCAAUGCUACUAAAGUGAUAAGCAAUUGUGAUGCAACUAGUAGUAAUGUUAAUUUCAAUUUUGGCAUGUUCUCUGAUGCAUUGAAUAAUGAAGUUGUUGGAGCAACCUUCAUAGCAAAGUACCUGUAUUGUCUCUGGUGGGGCUUGCAAAAUUUGAGCUCGUAUGGACAGAAUUUGGCUACAAGCACUUACAUUGGGGAAACUUUAUUUGCCAUUCUAAUAUGUAUAAUGGGCCUUGUUCUGUUUUCACAUUUGAUAGGAAAUAUGCAGACCUAUUUGCAAUCCAUUACUGUGAGGCUUGAAGAAUGGAGAGUAAAAAGAAGAGACAUUGAGGAAUGGAUGAGACAUCGUCAACUACCACCAGAUUUGCAAGAACGGGUUAGGAGGUUUGUUCAGUACAAAUGGCUUGCUACAAGAGGUGUUGAUGAAGACUCAAUUUUGGUCUCCUUACCUUUGGACCUUCGUCGUGAAAUUAGAAGACAUCUUUGUCUUGCUCUAGUUCGUAGGGUUCCAUUUUUCUCCCAAAUGGAUGACCAACUACUAGAUGCAAUAUGCGAACGACUAGUCUCAUCCCUGAGCACCAAAGAUACUUACAUUGUCCGGGAAGGUGACCCAGUGGACGAGAUGCUCUUUAUUAUCCGCGGUCAGCUCGAGAGCUCAACUACAGACGGCGGAAGAACUGGAUUUUUCAACUCCAUAACCCUAAGACCUGGAGAUUUCUGCGGUGAAGAGCUUCUCACAUGGGGUCUCAUGCCAAAUCCAAGCGUCAAUCUACCACUCUCCACCCGAACUGUUAGAGCCCUUAGCGAAGUAGAGGCAUUUGCGCUUCGAGCUGAAGACCUAAAAUUUGUUGCAAAUCAGUUCAAACGUCUCCACAACAAGAAGCUACAGCAUGCUUUCAGGUUCUAUUCCCAUCAAUGGAGGACAUGGGGAGCCUGCUUCAUCCAAACUGCAUGGAGAAGAUACAAGAAGAAGAAGCUAGGAAUGGAACUGGCUAAGCAAGAGAAUCUCUACUACUCACCAGCCAUGGCUGAAACGAUACCGGUUAAUGAGGAUUCCGAUGCUCCAUUGCUCGCUGAAUAUGCGGAUGUUGGUGACAGUGCUUUUGGAGGCAAUGCCAACUUUGCAAAGAACACGAAGAGAGGAGCAAAUCAAAAGCUUAAGCGGGACGAUACUGUUUCCCUCAGUGUGAAGAUGCCGAAGCUGAUCAUGAAGCCGGAUGAGCCAGACUUCUCUUUCAAUGAAGAUGGUCUGUGA